AUGCGUAACACCGCCUCUGCUCUAACACCUACUCCUCCAUCUUGUCCCACCUCUCUCAAAAGGAAGAGAUCAGCAGGAAGACGACCUUCCACAAAUACUAUUUCCUUCUCCUCUCCUUCUACUGAUCCUAAGGAAAUCUUAGACAAAACUCCUACACCAGAACGUUCUCCACCUCCUCCAGAACGUUCUCCAGAACAUAUCCCAUCACCUUCCACUCUUUUUGCUCAAACAUCUGGCACAGUCCCUUCACAUAUUCCCUCUUAUUCUCAAACACCUCACUGCCCUACACAUGACUUUAGUACUUUCUUGUAUAAUCCUCUUCUCUCUACCAUGUCUCCAUUGUUUGUUUCACCACAAAAAACCAGUUCAUCCAUUUUCGGCGUAAGUCAGUUUUUGAAAUUUCCUGCUACUGUUGGCCCCUCUACCUCAUCUGUUGGUCCCCUACCAUCUAUUUCAUCUUCUUUUGCCUCUAUUCCAUCCUUAUCUACCAUGCCUAUUCCUUCCAACACAAUUGUUGCUACCUCUUCUCAACCCUCCGCUCAUCUUCCCCCCACUUCCACCCUAGCUGCACCCUCCAACUCUGAUAUCAUGGCUGCUCUCCAGAUCAUCAUGGCAAAACAAAUUCAGCAUUAUCAAGAGACUGCUUUACUCAGAACUUGGAUGGCUGAUCACCUUGCUCCCAAGCUGGGAAUUCCACCUCCGCCUCCUCACCCGGUGCCACCUCCUUCUCAGAUCCCUCAUCCUAGAAAAUCCUCCUCCUCAGAAGGAUCUUCUCCCUCCCUAGCAUCUUAG